AUGGUUGGAUCAUUAACUGAGCUUUCUGUUAUUCCGUUUUCUCCCCAUUUAGUUUCGGCUACAGGCACCGUGCCCACCACCGUGCUCUCCUACUCUGAUUACAUCUCCAGGCCUGAGGACCAUCACAGCAUCCUGCGCUUUGACAAAGGAGAGGUGGAGAAAUCCUGCCGCGUGGUGAUCAUUGAUGACUCUCUGUAUGAAGACGAGGAAAGCUUCAAUGUCACCCUCAGCAUGCCCAUGGGGGGCCGUCUGGGCUCAGAGUUCCCCGCAGCUAGAAUCACAAUCAUUCCCGAUAUGGAAGACGCUCCCAUCUUCUACUUUGGCAACACAGACUACCACGUGGAUGAGAGUGACGGCUACGUGGAGGUGCAGGUAUGGAGGACGGGGACAGAUCUUUCCAAAGGAGGAACCGUGACAGUGCGCUCCAGAAAGACAGAUCCCGUCUCCGCUGAGGCUGGUGUGGAUUACGUUGGGAUCAGCCGGAAUCUGGACUUUGCACCAGGGGUCACCAUGCAGACGUUCCGUGUGACCGUCCUGGAUGACCUGGGCCAGCCGGUGCUGGAGGGGCUCGAGAAGUUUGAAUUGGUACUCCGAAUGCCCAUGAACGGGAUCCUGGGGGAGCCAAGCAAGACUACCAUACUCAUCAAUGACUCAGUCUCAGACUUGCCAAAGGUGCAGUUCCGUGAUGCUGUGUAUGUGUGCAAUGAGAACUCAGGGCAGAUCUCAGCUACUGUAUACCGUAGUGGAGACAUCAGCUACAAGUCCACAGUGCGCUGUUACAGCAGACAGGGGACAGCCCAGGUCAUGAUGGACUUCAAUGAGAGGCCCAACACGGAUGAUUCCAUAAUCACCUUUUUACCAGGAGAGAUUGAAAAGACUUGUGUACUGGUGCUAGUUGAUGAUACAGAACAUGAGGAGGAAGAAGAGCUACGUCUUGUGCUUGGAAGCCCCAAGAGUGAAUCUCCAUUUGGAGCAUCUAUUGGAAGUCAGAAUGAAACGCUCAUCAAGAUAAAAGACGAUGGAGACAAGGCGAUUAUUAGGUUUGGAGAGACCAAAUUCAGUGUGAAUGAGCCAAAGGAAAUUGGCCAAGUGUCUGUGGUGAGGAUCCCAGUGCUGCGUGUAGGAGACCACUCCAAGGUGUCUGUUGUCCGAGUUCACACCAAGGAUGGAUCUGCCACCUCUGGGGAGGACUACCAUCCCAUCUCUGAGGAAAUCGUGUUCAAACAGGGUAUCACUGAGCAAUAUGUGGAGGUGGAGAUUUUAUAUGAUAUUGUCAGAGAAAUGAGGGAAGCAUUCACUGUGCACCUGAAGCCUGAUGAAAACAUGGUGGCAGAGACAAAGAUGAGCAAAGCCAUAAUCUAUAUCGAGGAGACCAACAGCAUGGCGGAUGUCACCUUCCCCUCUGUGCCCAGAGUGGUUUCUCUGUUGCAUUACGACGACAUCGACAGGAGUAGGGACUCUUCACCUGUGGCCGGAUACCCCGUCAUUUGCGUGACUGCCUGUAACCCCAAAUUCCCAGACUACGACAAAACAGGCUCCAUCUGUGUAAGCGAGAACAUCAACAACACCCUGACUCAUUAUCGUUGGCUGGUCAGCGCCCCUACCGGGUCAGAUGGCGUAACCAGCUCUAUGAGGGAAGUUGACUUCGAUACCUUCUUCACCUCGUCAAAGCUUAUCACUCUGGAUUCAGUCUAUUUUCAGGCUGGUUCCAGGGUGCAGUGCGCUGCCAGGGGCGUGAACUCUAACGGGGAUGAAGGUCUAGAGCUCAGUAGCCCCAUAGUGUCCAUCAGCAUAGAUGAUGGAAUGUGCCAGCCGCGUGUUGCCGGCACAGUGGGGGCCGAGCCCUUCUCGGCCAAGCUGCGAUACACUGGAAUGGAAGAAACAGAUCACCCAAAUCUCAUUAAACUGACUGUCACCAUGCCCCACAUUGAUGGUAUGUUGCCUGUAGUUUCCACCCGAGCCCUGUCUAACUUUGAGCUGACACUGAGCCCCGACGGUACCCGCGUUGGAAACCACCGCUGCUCCAAUUUGUUGGACUACACUGAGGUCAAGACUCGCUACGGCUUCCUUAGUGAAGCCACUAAAAAUCCAGAAGUGAUCGGCGAGACGUCCUCCUACCAAUACAGCCCUUCCCUCAGGGGAUCCAGUACACUACGAUUCUACAGAAACCUCAACCUGGAGGCUUGUCUGUGGGAGUUCACCAGCUACUACGACAUGUCUGAGCUACUCAGCGACUGUGGAGGCACCAUUGGGACUGAUGGACAGGUGUUGAAUUUGGUCCAGUCCUAUGUGACUUUACGAGUCCCGCUCUACGUCUCCUAUGUCUUCCACUCCCCUGUUGGAGCAGGAGGAUGGCAGCACUUUGACUUGCAGUCAGAGAUGAAGCUCACAUUUGUGUACGACACUGCCAUCUUAUGGAGGGAUGGUAUCGGUAGCCCACCAGAAGCUGAACUACAAGGUGCCCUGUACCCAACCAGUAUGCGUAUAAAUGGACAAGGACGACUAGUAGUCAACUUCCGCACUGAGGCUCGAUUCAGAGGCCUGUUUGUUUUUGCACAUCCAGCUUCACCUCUAACCUCUAUGGUCAUGUGUCCGGACCACCCUGGUAUAACCUAUAACCUCAGUCUUGUGAGGAAUGAGCCGACGUACAACCAGCCCAUCCAGCAGUGGACAUUUGUUUCUGAUUUUGCUGUGCGCGACUACUCUGGCACGUACACGUUGAAGCUUAUCCCCUGCAUAUCUCCCCCAAACCUGGAGUAUAACAUCCCUCCUGUCUGCCACCCCAGAGAGCCCCUUACCUUCGACAUGGACAUCCGCUUCCAGCAGGUUAGCGACCCGGUGGCUGCUGAGUUCAGUCUGAACACACAGAUGAUCUUACUCUCAAAGCAGACGCUCUGGCUUUCCGACGGCUCCAUGGGCUUUGGACAGGAGAGUGAUACUGCUUUCUCCCAGGGUGAUACAAUUUACGGCCGAGUGAUGGUGGAUCCAGUGCAGAACUUGGGCGACUCCUUUAUUUGUAGCAUAGAGAAAGUGUUCCUGUGUACUGGAGCUGAUGGAUAUGUCCCUAAAUACAACCCCGGCAACUUUGAGUUUGGCUGUCUGGCAGAUGCUCCCUCUCUUCUCUAUAGAUUCAAGAUAAUUGACAAGGCCCAGCCAGAGACCCAGGCCCGCUCAUUUGGUAAUGUAGCUUUCAACACCUUCCUUGCGGUGGAUGACCCCGGCGCUUUAGCUCUAGUGAGACAACCUGGGUCAGAUGGUUUCAGGAUAGAUUCUUCAGCUCUCUUCCAGGUGUCUGCAGGGAGGGAAUGGUUUAUUCACACCAUCUACACUGUCCGUUCUCGGAAUAACGCUAACCGUGGCAUAGGUAAGAGAAGCCUUGAGUACCAUGUAAUGAGCCAGCAAACAAGUCUACUUCCAAAGGGUCAACAUCGAGCAAGAAGAUCAGCCAACGAAGUGCCAGACGUAAUAGAAGACAUUGGUCAGAGUAACAACCGCGGCACCAACAUCCUCCACAUCGCGCUGGAUCGCAGCAGCCAGCAGAGGACGAGCCCAGAGAGAGAGAUCUUCACCAAAGGGAUCAUCCCGCGUGAACUCAACCAGAAGGACAACAGUGAUGACGGACUAGUGUUGAUCAUUGGGGUCUUUGUGGGCCUGCUCCUCACGGUGCUCAUCAUUAUCGUUGUGGUGCUACUGGUGCGGUCCAAGCGAGUGAAGAAAGAUGUACCCAAGAAGUCCAGCAGCGCAGAGCCCAUGAUGACACAAGCCAUCAGUGACAGCUCAGAGGUCUAACAGACUGAUGAUAGAGAGUUACCGUUAAUAUUUUUCUUUUGCAAGUGCCUCACAUUUAGAUAAAAGAUUGAAGAUUGUGUGUGAAGCAACACAAAAUACAAGAGCUUUGAUUCUAUUCAGAAAUCUACUUGAAAUACUGCAUCACUUCCACAACUGGGAAAUUGUUGGGACACUCACUUAGAGACGGACUUUGUUAGCGGCUGUUUUAAGGUUCUAAGGGUGUUUUCAGCACUCACUUAUUGAUUUGCUUUUUUAUGCCACUUGAUCCCAAAAAGGUGUUUUUACGUUUCCAAAGGUGCUACAGAAGAUGCCUCUUAACUUGGAUGGCAAUUGGUGUUUUACUGAGCAGGUCACGAGACGGUGGAUAUAACAGAUAAUGCAGUUGUUAACAGCAGGCUUUGUAUGUUUGAUUUUCUGCAUCGAGACACUGUCCACAGUCUGCUUACACUGGUUAAACCUGUCUGUUCUUAUAGAGAAUGAUUUGUCCUUAGAUUCAGUGCGUGCCUAAGAAAUCACAUCAUUUUGAGGUUUUAUGUUGUACGUUAUGAUUUGUCCUGUGUGAUGAUCAGUAAGACAUCAAAGUGAAAAACAAUGUUUCAUAUUUGUUUGUUGUGUUCAUGAUUUAGCAUGCAUUUCAUUUUGUUUUGUUUUUAUAUUGUAAAAAUAAGUCAAAAUGCUGAUUUGAAUGGAGUUGUUGCAAAUGUGUCUAAUCUACUGUAUUUCCAUUAGUGUGUUUUUUACACUGUAUCCCCUGAACAACAGUAUUUAUCAAUGGCCACAUUUUAACUCCCCUCUAAUAUUUAGUAUUAUCUUUAAAACGUAUAAUUGACACUUGGCACUAAAUCAAAAAAGAAAAGUAAAACUGUUAGAGUCUGUAGUUAUGAUUUGACUUUCAAGACAGCUGGUCUGCAAUGUACAGUGAACUAUAAUAGCGGUUCCAGAUCCACUUUCUCCAACAGGAACCAUUUUCACUCUAAACUAUUACAUUUUUAAAUCAAUUUACACAACAACACAAUUAGUCAAUAUACUUACAGUAAAGGGAAUUCAUUGUUUUACCUUGACUCAUCAUCAUACAUUCAGAACUGCUGUCCUCCCCCCUAUCAAUCACUUUGAAAUGUAUCUAUUUAUUUUUGUGUGCUUGUCAUUUAGUGCAGAAACAAAUCAUAAUAUCUUUACCUCUCCCUUUAUGAUUUAGUUUGAACCUAUUAUUCUCAAAUUCUAAUUGUAAUGUAAUUCAGAUUUCCAUGUACAAUAAACAUAUACAGGUUAUGUAUACGUUUUAGUUUCCCAGAUGCAGGCACAGGAUUGCCAUAACACCUGAUUACCUCAUACUACUGUAUAUCCUUGAUAGACUCUAAUCACUACUCUAUAAAUGUCAAGUUUAUUUGCAAUUUUAUUUUGAAAUUGAAUACAAUUCUAUGCAACCUGUGAAAUCAUACCUUCAUGAAAUGUUUACCCCAAGUAUGAUUCUUUUCAGCGCACAUUUUACAUUUGCUUGUGUAUCUAGGUUUGACACUGUAUCAAUGUACUGCGGUUCUUUUAUUCCACUCUAAUGCUUUGAGUGCGUCCUGAGUUUUUGUAUGCACAUGUAUGUAUGUAUAUACUUAUGUAUUACCUAUAAAUAUACCAUUUGGAUGUAUUGGGAAUGGUUACUGUUAAAACAAAUGCAUACUGUAUGUGAUGUAAGUAUUUGUAACAUAGACCAGAAGCACAGCAUGGUCUGCAAAUAAAGUAAUUUUUCAAGAA